GGAGGAAGCAACCCAACACUUACACACCUGCCGACCUGACCGACUGACACGGCUAACACCUUACUGGUUGACCUGACACCUUCAUCAGAUCAGUGAUAUCUGUUUCCAGCUGACCCCAUGACAGUCAUUGUCUCGUCAUCAUGAGAUCACGCCACCUCUUCCUCCUGUUCUACCUCACAGCUCUCUGCUGCUACUGGGGAGCAUCAGAUGCACAACGACAUGAGACCUGCCUUACGCAAGAACUGUGUACUCAGGCUGGUGAUCCUACCUCUAACUUCCUCCAGUGUGUGGGUCUGCCAGCUACAGACACAGGGAGAGACCACCUGCAGAACCUGAAGGACACCAUCGACGCUGCCCUGGACGUCUACUCCUUCAUGAGAUCCAGUCUAUCCCAGACCCCAGUGUUCAGACUAGAGCUGGGUAUCAGUGUGAACCCAGAGGCAGAAGCCUACCAAGAUGAGGACCUGAUAAAGGUGUGGAUGGAGGUGAAACUGAAACCACUCCUCUCCAGCAUCUCCAGAGGGUUCCUAACCUGCCUCAGCAACAAGAACUUCAGCUGCAACACCUACCAGACCAUGGUGGAGGAGUUGAGUGAUCAUUUCUCAGAGAUGGAUCCGAUCAGACAGAGGUGGAUCUAUAUGUUCUUCAUGUACCCAUUCCUGUCCGGGGAGAGAGCAGGCUGUGUGAGGCCAGGGGAGAACAGUGAGGACUGGCUGAUCAGGAACUUUGGCCCGUUUAAAGGCGUCGCUCGUAUGAGGGACUUCACAGCCCUCAACAUGGUCUUUAGUGGGCUGGAGGUGCUACACCUGUUAACUCCGGAGCAGAAGGCAGAGUUGUUGUUGCAUCCGGAGGUGGAGGGACUGGAGAAUGGAACCCUGAGUCUGGUGUUCCACACCCUGAUGACAGAGGUCCACUCCCCAUGGAGAACUCUACCUGGACCACACCAGGGUACCCCAACCCCGCCACCCCCCUCCUACACCCCGCCCACCAAGAGCCCUCCUACACCCCACGGCCCCCCACCCCAAGAGCCUUCGAGAGGGCUCUGGUCCCCCUCACCCCAGGAGAGCCUUCGAGAGGUGGCGAACGGGUUCAUGGGCGUCUUCAGGCCUUUCGGAAGCUUGGUCAGGGAGUUUGUGUCGCUCACGCACAAAAAGCCCCUGUCUGAGAUCAGAAGCACCACUCUAACUCAGGUUGUGUUGAACUGGACUCUGGCCGAGCUGGCCGGGAACUACAGGUCCCAGGAAGACGAGCCAGAAGACUGGACGGAAGACAUAUUGGACGUAGAGGACUGGUAUGACCACGUAGUGGUGCCUGUUCUCCGCCGUGUCCUGCCCACCGACCAGACGCACAUACCUGGCAGCCUCAAGGCCGUUUUCCACAAAGUGUUCUACCUGAACUCAGACAUGGACAGCAUGGACAAUGACAAUAUGGCCCAAGACAUAUGUAGCAUCACCCUAGAGGAGAAGUCAUGUGGGUUGACCAAUGCUGUGGAGAAAGUGGCGCGCGUCCUGCACUGUGUUGCCCGUAGCAACUUGACGUUGUCGGAGGAGACUGUUAUGCGUCUGGUCGUGGAGCUGACCGGGCGGCUCAACUCAUUGGUCCAGAAGUUCUCCACCGCGAACUUCAGUGAGGUGGCACACCACUUCCAGGAGGUGUUUGGCCAGGCAGACUCCCCGGCUCUGACCCUGGAGAAUCUCAACGACCCAGACUUCAUCAGGCUCUGGUUCCAGAUCAAACUGAAGCCCCUGCUUCCCUCCGUCCCCCCCGGCCUUCUCUCCUGCCUCAGCACCAAGAACUUCACCUGCCCCGUCUACCAAGCCCUUGUGGAGGAGCUGAGUGAACAAAUGAAGCUGAUGGACCAGGAGGACGAGCAGAUGUAUGAAAUGCAGGGUCAUGUGAUCUACAAACAGUUCCUGUUGCCCUUCCUGUUGAAUCACAACUCCUCAGACCCACAGUGCAUCUCUUCAGCCAGUAGCAGUGCAGACUGGCUGAUCAAGAACUUUGGUGGAUUCUCUGCAUUCGCUCCUCUGAGGGAUUUCUAUGAUCUAAAUGCUCAUUUCUCUGCUUUGUCAGCCCUGGAGGUUCUCUCUCCAAAGCAGACAGCAGAGCUGGUGGUGUUGCCUCUUCCUGGUCUUCCAGGGAAAGAUGUCAUCAUCAACACAGUGUUUGACUUCCUGACCGAGUCACCAAAGGAGAGGAAACUCCCUGACUUCCUGUACCACCUCAUAAGGCUGUCUGCGGAGACAACGAUGCCCUGCAAAUCGUACAAAAUCAUCUUUGAGCGUCUGUACCAGGCCGUAUCGUCUGCAUCUCCAGAGAUGGAGCCAGUCGUCUGGGCCAACAUAGACAACCUGAUGCAGACCGCUCCAGAAGGUUGUGGAUUGGAUGAACAGUGCCCAUCAACACCAUUUAAUUAUACCAGAGUCUGUGCUGGAGUCAACAGCUAUCCACUACAACACCACCUGCACACGGGGAAUAUGACAGAAGUUCUAUGCAAUUUCAGCUUGGAACAGUAUGCUUGUUCACAGCUGAAAGACUUCACUGCAGAACACCUGGUGUCUCUUCUGAGAUGUAACCUGCCCGGAAACUCCUCUCACUCUAAAGAGACGUGGAAGGUUCUCCUCACCAAACUGACCUCUGUCUUAGACCAAGCUCUGGACAUGUUCUCUAAUAUGUCCAAACCUGUCAUUGGUCCAGCAGUAUCCCAGGCGCUGGAUGUGAUUGGAGAGAUCCGGGUCAACAGACUGACUGAGGAUCAGCUGAGAGACAGUGAUGUCAUCAGGAAGUGGUUCUCUGGGCGUCUGAGACUGUUCCUGCCGUCUGCAUCAGGAGGGUUUCUGCACUGCCUCAGCACCAAGAACCUCAGCUGUGACUCUUACCAACAGAUACUGAGGGAGUUCAGCAAUCAAUUUGACCAAAUGGACCAGAUGAGACAAGAGCUGGUGGUCAAAUACUUCAUCCAGCCCUUCCUGACCAAAAACUCCUCAGACUCUGGCUGUGUGUCCAACUCUAACAGCAGUGUGACCUGGCUGCAGAAGAACCUGGGACGGUUUUCAGUCCUGCUGUCCCUCAGCGACCUGUUGAAACUCAACACAGACUUCUCUCCUUUGUCGGCCCUGGAGGUUCUCUCUCCAAAACAGACAGCAGAGCUGGUGGUGUUGCCUCUUCCUGGUCUUCCAGGGAAAGAUGUCAUCAUCAACACAGUGUUUGACUACCUGACCGAGUCACCAAAGGAGAGGAGACUCCCUGAGUUCCUGUACCACCUCGUCAGGCUCUCUGAAGAGAUGAUGCUACCAUGUGACAGCUUUAAGACCAUCUUUGAGCGUCUGUACCAGGCCUUAGCGUCUGCACCUCCGGAGAUGGAGCCAGUUAUUCAGGCCAUUAUAGACAACCUGAUGCAGACCGCUCCAGAAGAUUGCUUGCCAGUGAAUAUGAAGUGUCCAAUAACACCAGCGAACGAUACCAGAGUCUGUGAAGGAAAUGCCAGUGAUUUGCUACAAAGCUAUUUGGCGACAUCAAAUACCACGAACGUGCCCUGUAACUUUACCCUGGAGGAGUAUGCCUGUGCAUCGCUGAAAGACUUCACUGCAGAACACCUGGUGUCUCUUCUGAGAUGUAACCUGCCCGGCAACUCCUCUCACUCUAAAGAGACGUGGAAGGUUCUCCUCACCAAACUGACCUCUGUCUUAGACCAAGCUCUGGACAUGUUCUCUAAUAUGUCCAAACCUGUCAUUGGUCCAGCAGUAUCCCAGGCGCUGGAUGUGAUUGGAGAGAUCCGGGUCAACAGACUGACUGAGGAUCAGCUGAGAGACAGUGAUGUCAUCAGGAAGUGGUUCUCUGGGCGUCUGAGACUGUUCCUGCCGUCUGCAUCAGGAGGGUUUCUGCACUGCCUCAGCACCAAGAACCUCAGCUGUGACUCGUAUCAACAGAUACUGAGGGAGUUCAGCAAUCAAUUUGACCAAAUGGACCAGAUGAGACAAGAGUUGGUGGUCAAAUACUUCAUCCAGCCCUUCCUGACCAAAAACUCCUCAGACUCUGGCUGUGUGUCCAACUCUAACAGCAGUGUGACCUGGCUGCAGAAGAACCUGGGACGGUUUUCAGUCCUGCUGUCCCUCAGCGACCUGUUGAAACUCAACACAGACUUCUCUCCUUUGUCGGCCCUGGAGGUUCUCUCUCCAAAGCAGACAGCAGAGCUGGUGGUGUUGCCUCUUCCUGGGCUUCCAGGGAAAGAUGUCAUCAUCAACACAGUGUUUGACUACCUGACCGAGUCACCAAAGGAGAGGAGACUCCCUGAGUUCCUGUACCACCUCGUCAGGCUCUCUGAAGAGAUGAUGCUACCAUGUGACAGCUUUAAGACCAUCUUUGAGCGUCUGUACCAGGCCUUAGCGUCUGCACCUUCGGAGAUGGAGCCAGUUAUUCAGGCCAUUAUAGACAACCUGAUGCAGACCGCUCCAGAAGAUUGCUUGCCAGUGAAUAUGAAGUGUCCAAUAACACCAGCGAACGAUACCAGAGUCUGUGAAGGAAAUGCCAGUGAUUCGCUACAAAGCUAUUUGGCGACAUCAAAUACAACGAACGUGCCCUGUAACUUUACCCUGGAGGAGUAUGCCUGUGCAUCGCUGAAAGACUUCACUGCAGAACACCUGGUGUCUCUUCUGAGAUGUAACCUGCCCGGCAACUCCUCUCACUCUAAAGAGACGUGGAAGGUUCUCCUCACCAAACUGACCUCUGUCUUAGACCAAGCUCUGGACAUGUUCUCCAAUAUGUCCAAACCUGUGAUUGGUCCAGCAGUAUCCCAGGCGCUGGAUGUGAUUGGAGAGAUCCGGGUCAACAGACUGACUGAGGAUCAGCUGAGAGACAGUGAUGUCAUCAGGAAGUGGUUCUCUGGGCGUCUGAGACUGUUCCUGCCGUCUGCAUCAGGAGGGUUUCUGCACUGCCUCAGCACCAAGAACCUCAGCUGUGACUCGUAUCAACAGAUACUGAGGGAGUUCAGCAAUCAAUUUGACCAAAUGGACCAGAUGAGACAAGAGUUGGUGGUCAAAUACUUCAUCCAGCCCUUCCUGACCAAAAACUCCUCAGACUCUGGCUGUGUGUUCAACUCUAACAGCAGUGUGGCCUGGCUGCAGAAGAACCUGGGACGGUUUUCAGUCCUGGUGUCUCUCAGCGACCUGUUGAAACUCAACACAGACUUCUCUCCUUUGUCAGCCCUGGAGGCUCUCUCUCCAAAGCAGACAGCAGAGCUGGUGGUGUUGCCUCUCCCUGGUCUUCCAGGGAAAGAUGUCAUCAUCAACACAGUGUUUGACUACCUGUCUAAGUCACCAAAGGAGAGGAGACUCCCUGAGUUCCUGUACCACCUCUCCAGGCUGUCUGUGGUGACUCCAGUCGGCUGCACGGUGUACCAGACCAUUUUUGUGAGGCUGUACCAAGCCAUGUCAGCGUUGCCUCAAGAGAUGGAGCCAAUCGUCUGGGCCAGUGUUUAUGACCUCACAGAAUCUGCACCAAUGGAUUGUUCUCUGGUACCAGUUAACCAACAGUGUCCAGUGUCAUCACACAAUGCAACAAGAGUCUGUGCCGGAGUUGACAGCUCUGCUCUACAACAGCUCUUGGACUCUGGGAUCUCGACGGGACGUCUAUGUGACUACAGCAUCAAACAAUACGCCUGCUCACAGCUGAAAGACCUCAAAGCUGAGAACCUGGUCACACUGCUGAAAUGUAAACUAUCAGAGAACAACACAGACUCCAAAGAGACCUGGAAGCUGUUCUUCACCAAAGCUUCUGCAGUUCUGGAUCAGGCUCUUGUACUUCUCUCCAACCAGUCUGAGCCUGUGAUUAGCCCAGCACUAUCCCAGGUGCUGGAUGUGAUUGGAGAGAUCAGGGUCAACAGACUGACUGAGGAUCAGCUGAGAGACAGUGAUGUCAUCAGGAAGUGGUUCUCUGGGCGUCUGAGAGCGUUUCUGCCAUCUGCAUCAGGAGGGUUUCUGCACUGCCUCAGCACCAAGAACCUCAGCUGUGACUCUUACCAAGCUGUGGUGAAGGAGUUUGGAGGCCAGUUUGAUCACAUGAACCUGGAGCAGCAGCAGCUGGUUCUGAAGGAGCUGGUCGUCCCCUUCCUGUCUCGACCCACAUCAGACUCUGGCUGUGUGUUCAACUCUAACAGCAGUGUGGACUGGCUGCAGAAGAACCUGGGGCCGUUCUCAGUUCUUGUGUCCCUCGGGAACCUGUUGAAUCUCAACACAGACUUCUCUCCUUUGUCGGCCCUGGAGGUUCUCUCUCCAAAACAGACAGCAGAGCUGGUGGUGUUGCCUCUUCCUGGUCUUCCAGGGAAAGAUGUCAUCAUCAACACAGUGUUUGACUACCUGACCGAGUCACCAAAGGAGAGGAGACUCCCUGAGUUCCUGUACCACCUCGUCAGGCUCUCUGAAGAGAUGAUGCUACCAUGUGACAGCUUUAAGACCAUCUUUGAGCGUCUGUACCAGGCCUUAGCGUCUGCACCUCCGGAGAUGGAGCCAGUUAUUCAGGCCAUUAUAGACAACCUGAUGCAGACCGCUCCAGAAGAUUGCUUGCCAGUGAAUAUGAAGUGUCCAAUAACACCAGCGAACGAUACCAGAGUCUGUGAAGGAAAUGCCAGUGAUUCGCUACAAAGCUAUUUGGCGACAUCAAAUACAACGAACGUGCCCUGUAACUUUACCCUGGAGGAGUAUGCCUGUGCAUCGCUGAAAGACUUCACUGCAGAACACCUGGUGUCUCUUCUGAGAUGUAACCUGCCCGGCAACUCCUCUCACUCUAAAGAGACGUGGAAGGUUCUCCUCACCAAACUGACCUCUGUCUUAGACCAAGCUCUGGACAUGUUCUCCAAUAUGUCCAAACCUGUGAUUGGUCCAGCAGUAUCCCAGGCGCUGGAUGUGAUUGGAGAGAUCCGGGUCAACAGACUGACUGAGGAUCAGCUGAGAGACAGUGAUGUCAUCAGGAAGUGGUUCUCUGGGCGUCUGAGACUGUUCCUGCCGUCUGCAUCAGGAGGGUUUCUGCACUGCCUCAGCACCAAGAACCUCAGCUGUGACUCGUAUCAACAGAUACUGAGGGAGUUCAGCAAUCAAUUUGACCAAAUGGACCAGAUGAGACAAGAGCUGGUGGUCAAAUACUUCAUCCAGCCCUUCCUGACCAAAAACUCCUCAGACUCUGGCUGUGUGUCCAACUCUAACAGCAGUGUGGACUGGCUGCAGAAGAACCUGGGACGGUUUUCAGUCCUGCUGUCCCUCAGUGACCUGUUGAAACUCAACACAGACUUCUCUCCUUUGUCGGCCCUGGAGGUUCUCUCUCCAAAACAGACAGCAGAGCUGGUGGUGUUGCCUCUUCCUGGUCUUCCAGGGAAAGAUGUCAUCAUCAACACAGUGUUUGACUACCUGACCGAGUCACCAAAGGAGAGGAGACUCCCUGAGUUCCUGUACCACCUCGUCAGGCUCUCUGAAGAGAUGAUGCUACCAUGUGACAGCUUUAAGACCAUCUUUGAGCGUCUGUACCAGGCCUUAGCGUCUGCACCUCCGGAGAUGGAGCCAGUUAUUCAGGCCAUUAUAGACAACCUGAUGCAGACCGCUCCAGAAGAUUGCUUGCCAGUGAAUAUGAAGUGUCCAAUAACACCAGCGAACGAUACCAGAGUCUGUGAAGGAAAUGCCAGUGAUUCGCUACAAAGCUAUUUGGCGACAUCAAAUACAACGAACGUGCCCUGUAACUUUACCCUGGAGGAGUAUGCCUGUGCAUCGCUGAAAGACUUCACUGCAGAACACCUGGUGUCUCUUCUGAGAUGUAACCUGCCCGGCAACUCCUCUCACUCUAAAGAGACGUGGAAGGUUCUCCUCACCAAACUGACCUCUGUCUUAGACCAAGCUCUGGACAUGUUCUCCAAUAUGUCCAAACCUGUGAUUGGUCCAGCAGUAUCCCAGGCGCUGGAUGUGAUUGGAGAGAUCCGGGUCAACAGACUGACUGAGGAUCAGCUGAGAGACAGUGAUGUCAUCAGGAAGUGGUUCUCUGGGCGUCUGAGACUGUUCCUGCCGUCUGCAUCAGGAGGGUUUCUGCACUGCCUCAGCACCAAGAACCUCAGCUGUGACUCGUAUCAACAGAUACUGAGGGAGUUCAGCAAUCAAUUUGACCAAAUGGACCAGAUGAGACAAGAGUUGGUGGUCAAAUACUUCAUCCAGCCCUUCCUGACCAAAAACUCCUCAGACUCUGGCUGUGUGUCCAACUCUAACAGCAGUGUGGCCUGGCUGCAGAAGAACCUGGGACGGUUUUCAGUCCUGCUGUCCUCAUUGUCAGCCCUGGAGGUUCUCUCUCCAAAGCAGACAGCAGAGCUGGUGGUGUUGCCUCUUCCUGGUCUUCCAGGGAAAGAUGUCAUCAUCAACACAGUGUUUGACUUCCUGUCUAAGUCACCAAAGGAGAGGAGACUCCCUGAGUUCCUGUACCACCUCUCCAGGCUGUCUGUGGUGACUCCAGUCGGCUGCACGGUGUACCAGACCAUUUUUGUGAGGCUGUACCAAGCCAUGUCAGCGUUGCCUCAAGAGAUGGAGCCAAUCGUCUGGGCCAGUGUUUAUGACCUCACAGAAUCUGCACCAAUGGAUUGUUCUCUGGUACCAGUUAACCAACAGUGUCCAGUGUCAUCACACAAUGCAACAAGAGUCUGUGCCGGAGUUGACAGCUCUGCUCUACAACAGCUCUUGGACUCUGGGAUCUCGACGGGACGUCUAUGUGACUACAGCAUCAAACAAUACGCCUGCUCACAGCUGAAAGACCUCAAAGCUGAGAACCUGGUCACACUGCUGAAAUGUAAACUAUCAGAGAACAACACAGACUCCAAAGAGACCUGGAAGCUGUUCUUCACCAAAGCUUCUGCAGUUCUGGAUCAGGCUCUUGUACUUCUCUCCAACCAGUCUGAGCCUGUGAUUAGCCCAGCACUAUCCCAGGUGCUGGAUGUGAUUGGAGAGAUCAGGGUCAACAGACUGACUGAGGAUCAGCUGAGAGACAGUGAUGUCAUCAGGAAGUGGUUCUCUGGGCGUCUGAGACUGUUCCUGCCGUCUGCAUCAGGAGGGUUUCUGCACUGCCUCAGCACCAAGAACCUCAGCUGUGACUCUUACCAAGCUGUGGUGAAGGAGUUUGGAGCCCAGUUUGAUCACAUGAACCCAGAGCAGCAGCAGCUGGUUCUGAAGGAGCUGGUCAUCCCCUUCCUGUCUCGACCCACAUCAGACUCUGGCUGUGUGUUCAACUCUAACAGCAGUGUGGACUGGCUGCAGAAGAACCUGGGGCCGUUCUCAGUUCUUGUGUCCCUCGGGAACCUGUUGAAUCUCAACACAGACUUCUCUCCUUUGUCGGCCCUGGAGGUUCUCUCUCCAAAACAGACAGCAGAGCUGGUGGUGUUGCCUCUUCCUGGGCUUCCAGGGAAAGAUGUCAUCAUCAACACAGUGUUUGACUACCUGACCGAGUCACCAAAGGAGAGGAGACUCCCUGAGUUCCUGUACCACCUCGUCAGGCUCUCUGAAGAGAUGAUGCUACCAUGUGACAGCUUUAAGACCAUCUUUGAGCGUCUGUACCAGGCCUUAGCGUCUGCACCUCCGGAGAUGGAGCCAGUUAUUCAGGCCAUUAUAGACAACCUGAUGCAGACCGCUCCAGAAGAUUGCUUGCCAGUGAAUAUGAAGUGUCCAAUAACACCAGCGAACGAUACCAGAGUCUGUGAAGGAAAUGCCAGUGAUUUGCUACAAAGCUAUUUGGCGACAUCAAAUACCACGAACGUGCCCUGUAACUUUACCCUGGAGGAGUAUGCCUGUGCAUCGCUGAAAGACUUCACUGCAGAACACCUGGUGUCUCUUCUGAGAUGUAACCUGCCCGGCAACUCCUCUCACUCUAAAGAGACGUGGAAGGUUCUCCUCACCAAACUGACCUCUGUCUUAGACCAAGCUCUGGACAUGUUCUCCAAUAUGUCCAAACCUGUCAUUGGUCCAGCAGUAUCCCAGGCGCUGGAUGUGAUUGGAGAGAUCCGGGUCAACAGACUGACUGAGGAUCAGCUGAGAGACAGUGAUGUCAUCAGGAAGUGGUUCUCUGGGCGUCUGAGACUGUUCCUGCCGUCUGCAUCAGGAGGGUUUCUGCACUGCCUCAGCACCAAGAACCUCAGCUGUGACUCGUAUCAACAGAUACUGAGGGAGUUCAGCAAUCAAUUUGACCAAAUGGACCAGAUGAGACAAGAGCUGGUGGUCAAAUACUUCAUCCAGCCCUUCCUGACCAAAAACUCCUCAGACUCUGGCUGUGUGUCCAACUCUAACAGCAGUGUGACCUGGCUGCAGAAGAACCUGGGACGGUUUUCAGUCCUGCUGUCCCUCAGCGACCUGUUGAAACUCAACACAGACUUCUCUCCUUUGUCAGCCCUGGAGGUUCUCUCUCCAAAACAGACAGCAGAGCUGGUGGUGUUGCCUCUCCCUGGUCUUCCAGGGAAAGAUGUCAUCAUCAACACAGUGUUUGACUUCCUUUCUAAGUCACCAAAGGAGAGGAGACUCCCUGAGUUCCUGUACCACCUCUCCAGGCUGUCUGUGGUGACUCCAGUCGGCUGCACGGUGUACCAGACCAUUUUUGUGAGGCUGUACCAAGCCAUGUCAGCGUUGCCUCAAGAGAUGGAGCCAAUCGUCUGGGCCAGUGUUUAUGACCUCACAGAAUCUGCACCAAUGGAUUGUUCUCUGGUACCAGUUAACCAACAGUGUCCAGUGUCAUCACACAAUGCAACAAGAGUCUGUGCCGGAGUUGACAGCUCUGCUCUACAACAGCUCUUGGACUCUGGGAUCUCGACGGGACGUCUAUGUGACUACAGCAUCAAACAAUACGCCUGCUCACAGCUGAAAGACCUCAAAGCUGAGAACCUGGUCACACUGCUGAAAUGUAAACUAUCAGAGAACAACACAGACUCCAAAGAGACCUGGAAGCUGUUCUUCACCAAAGCUUCUGCAGUUCUGGAUCAGGCUCUUGUACUUCUCUCCAACCAGUCUGAGCCUGUGAUUGGCCCAGCACUAUCCCAGGUGCUGGAUGUGAUUGGAGAGAUCAGGGUCAACAGACUGACUGAGGAUCAGCUGAGAGACAGUGAUGUCUUCAGGAAGUGGUUCUCUGGGCGUCUGAGACUGUUCCUGCCGUCUGCAUCAGGAGGGUUUCUGCACUGCCUCAGCACCAAGAACCUCAGCUGUGACUCUUAUCAAGCUGUGGUGAAGGAGUUUGGAGCCCAGUUUGAUCACAUGAACCUGGAGCAGCAGCAGCUGGUUCUGAAGGAGCUGGUCAUCCCCUUCCUGUCUCGUCCCACAUCAGACUCUGGCUGUGUGUCCAACUCUAACAGCAGUGUGACCUGGCUGCAGAAGAACCUGGGACGGUUUUCAGUCCUGGUGUCCCUCAGUGACCUGUUGAAACUCAACACAGACUUCUCUCCUGUACGUCUCACUUUCUGCCGACUACGCCAUCACAAUUAUGCAUAG